GGUGUGUGAACGUGAAGUGAUUAGUAAAAUAAGUGCAUACUCGGUGAAGUGUGAGAAUCCGGUUCGUAUUUUGCUCUGUGCCCGAGGGCGGGUGUGAGAGAGUGCCAGUCCUGCCAAAUCAGACACAAACGAGUGUGUGUUUAGAAACAACAGACAACUCAACUUGACAGAAAACCUACGAGAAUGGCCGAGCCAGAAGACAUUAGAUGAGGAAAAGCUGUUGGGUGUGGUUUCUCAAAAAUCUCAUCUAAAUCAUCUUAAUAACCAGGUGUGAUCAGUGUGAGGUGUGCCUGUAAUGGAAGGGGAACCUUUCCUAGAUCUGUGUCACCUGACUGAGGUGGAGCAGACUGUAAUUUUCAGCGUUCUGCAGAGAGAUGCUGAACUACGCAACAAAGAGGAAGGGAGAAUACGGAAACUGCAGCAGACGGUGUCAGAUCCUGUCCGGCUGCGCUCUCUCUCAGGUGCGUGGUUUCAUGAAGAGCGUGCGAAGAGAUAUCAGAAGGGAGGAGCUGAUGUUGUUCAAGCCUCAAUACGCCAUAAAAGGCGUGGAAAAGAUAUACCUUUGACGGCAAUAUUUACUGAAGAAACAGGUAACUCUUCUCAACUACAUGAGCAGCAAGAGGAAGACAAAAGUACAGAGAGAGAAUUGCAGGAAAAUAUAAGUGUAAGAGAGGAUGACAAUGGCCAGGAAGAGAAGAAAAGAGAUAAAGAAGAUGGGGAAAGUUGCAUUCCUGUGGUAACCCCUGAACAAAAAUCCAGGACUAAACACAUCACAAAGAAAAAUGCAGCAAAAGAAAAUUGUCUUAAAGAAAGUGUUGGAGAGUCUGAGGACGAAGAGAAGAGAAUUUUGCCGAGUACAUCACCAACUCUGCAGAUCGACUCAGAGGGAGACAUGGACUCUGGCUGCACUGAACUAGUAUAUACUAGGUUUGGGUCAGUUAGCAGCUUGACCUCCCAUCAUAUGAUGAAUGGUAGUUUGAUGAGCCUUUACAGUGUGGGCGAUUUCGGAGAUGUUGUAGUAUCAGGGCAGAUCCAGUUCUCGAUGCAGUAUGACAUCAAGAAAGAGGAGCUUCAUGUGCACAUAAAACGCUGCCAAGAUCUUGCGUCGGCCCGUAAAAAUCGAUCGGACCCAUACGUUAAAGUUUACCUUCUCCCUGACAACACAUCCCGCAGUAAGAAAAAAACUGCAGUGAAGAGGAAAACAUUAAAUCCAGUCUAUGAUGAAACCGUGAAAUACAGAGUGCGGAGACUGGACCUCCAGGCUCGUGUGCUGAGUAUGUCAGUCUGGCACAUGGAGAGAAUGAGGAGAAACCUCUUCCUGGGGGAGGUGGAAGUGAGGCUGGCUCAGUGGGACUGGAGCCAGACCCAACCAACCUGGCACAACCUCCAGCCAAGAGUUAAGUUAAGUCCAGAUGACAUCAUCAGCAGAGGAACCAUUCUGUUCUCAAUUAAGUUUGUACCUCCAGGAUCAGAGGGAAGUGGUUGUCCACCGACUGGUGAGCUCCAUAUUUGGUUGAGGGAGAUUGUUGGUCUACUUCCCACUAAACGUGGCGCACCUAGUACAUAUGUGAAAAGUGUGGUAUUACCAGAUGAGAGUGGCAUCAGUGGCCAGCAGACUCGGAUGGUGCGAGGAUCUGUCAACCCAGUGUUCAACCACACCAUGGUUUAUGACGGGUUUCAGUCUAGCGACCUUAUUCAGGCCUGUGCAGAGAUAACGGUCUGGAAUCCACAUCCCUCCAGCUGUCUGGGUGGAGUACGACUCAGCACAGGCUCAGGUGUGAGUUAUGGUCAGGCUGUCUGCUGGAUGGACUCAACAGAAGAUGAGAUUAGUGUGUGGUCAAGUGUGAUUCAGAGCCCCAGCAACUGGGUGGACACCAGUCUACCAAUCAGAACCAAUUUACAGCUCUGUUCUGAUUGAACUUUAUUUAACCUACUCACCCUGUGACUUUGGUUGUGUAACAUUCUGGAAUAAAUCACACAAAUUUUCCUCCAAUCUUUGACCCAGCUUGGAUGAGUUGAAGCUAGUUGGCAAAAGUCAGAGCCAGUUUGCAACUUUUGGAUGUUGGAGUUGACAGAUUUCACAGAAACAUUUUGUAGUAUUUAAUGGGCACAAACUAUGGUUUGUAGCUUCAGACUAUGACUCCAUUCAGUUACAGGAUAUCAAAUAUGUUUUUAUAUUUUGAGACAAUUUUAGAACACGGUGUAUGACAGUGUAUUUUAGUGGUGUAUAACAUGAUGUAUCUGACUUAACACCAUUCACAAGCACGGUAGCAAUCUCUACAGGACAGAAAUGAUAUCACCCUCUAUAAAAUGGAGCAAAUUCUAUAAGGGGAAUUGAAAAAUUUUGCAUUGUGGAUUUGUUACAAAAUAGUCCUCACACAUUUCUUUGAGUAUGUUUCCAAUUAAUAUGUUACAGUUUGGUUUAUUUUGUUGUCAGAUUAAGUGUUUUUGCUAGAAUUUGCUAGUGUCAUGCAAAUCUAGAGGGGAAUGAAAAUUUGUUGUUAAACUUUAACUCUCCUCUUAUGAGAAUAAUGGUAUUUUCAUCUUUCUGCUUGUGGUCUCAUUGUGAGAUUGAAGGUCAAGCCAUAAAUGUAAUGAAAUACUAACUGCUGAUUAAAACCACACAUUUUGUCUAAAUUCACAUUGCAUCAGUUUUACAAAAAAAAAAAAAAAAAACCUAUCAAAUCA